UAUAAUAAUAUUUCCGACUUAGCAGUUUCUGUAAAAAUGAUUGUUGCAUUAGCGUUCGUUAAAUUAGAAAAUCUUGAUGCUGCUGUUGACGCGUUGGCAGAAUACCUUAGUGAAGAGUUUCAUACUUUAUUAGAAUGGUUCGAAGACAACUAUAUUGGAAGGGUAAAUAGAAAUGGUAGAGGUAGACGCCACGCACGUUUUCCACCUGAUAUUUGGAACCUUUAUAAUAGAGUUUUAAAUUCCCAAGAUAGGACUAAUAACUAUGCAGAAGCUGCGAAUAGACGACUUAAUGUUGAAAUGGGAGUAUGCUAUCCGUCAAUCUUUUUUCCAAAUUUUUCCGAC